CGUAGCUUUCUUUGGGCGGAGUGUUUAAAGACAAGUGCAGUUCAUAACUGCCGAGUUUGUGCAAAGUUAACAACUGAAACAAAAUGCUGGAAAGCAAAAUAAUAAAUUUGACAGUGCGCGACGUAAGGUUCCCGACUUCACUGGAACAACAUGGAUCGGAUGCAAUGCACACCGAUCCAGAUUACUCUGUCGCAUAUGUUGUUCUCGAGACGGACUCGGCUGCUGCACUGAGGGGUUAUGGGUUGACUUUUACUGUAGGAAGAGGGACGGAAAUCGUGGUAUGUGCAGUUAAAGCCUUAUCUACUUUGGUGGUUGGGAAGACUUUGAAGGAGAUAGUCAGUGACUUCAGAGGCUUCUACAGACUCCUGAGCAGUGAUGGUCAGAUGAGAUGGAUUGGACCAGAAAAAGGAGUGAUUCAGCUGGCGACAGCAGCUAUUCUGAAUGCUGUUUGGGAUUUAUGGGCGCGAGUGGAGGGCAAGCCCCUAUGGAAGCUACUUGUUGACAUGGAUCCUGCAAAGUUGGUCAGCUGUAUUGAUUUCAGAUAUAUCACCGAUGCACUGACUGAGCAGGAAGCUUUAGAUAUAUUGGUAAAAGCAAAAGCGGGGCAGAAAAGUAGAGAGGAGCAGAUGUUAAAGGAAGGCUAUCCUGCCUACACCACUUCCUGUGCCUGGCUGGGAUACACUGACCAACAACUAACCCAGCUCUGCUCUGAAGCUCUUGCCCAAGGAUGGACUAAAUUUAAAGUGAAGGUUGGGGCUGAUUUGCUGGAUGACAUCCGUAGAUGCAGUCUUAUCCGGAAGCUGAUUGGACCAAACAACACCCUGAUGAUUGAUGCCAACCAGCGAUGGGAUGUUCAUGAAGCAAUUACUUGGGUGACCAAGCUGGCAGAGUUUCAACCUCUAUGGAUUGAGGAGCCCACAUGUCCUGAUGAUAUUUUAGGUCAUGCUUCCAUCUCUAAGGCACUUGCACCCUUGGGUAUUGGAGUCGCCACUGGAGAGCAGUGCCAUAACAGGGUGAUGUUUAAGCAGUUUCUCCAGGCCUCAGCUCUACAGUUUGUUCAGAUUGACAGUUGUAGGGUGGGCAGUGUGAACGAAAACCUUGCCAUCAUACUCAUGGCUGCCAAGUUUAAUGUUCCUGUGUGUCCUCAUGCCGGGGGUGUGGGACUGUGUGAGCUUGUUCAGCACCUUAUUUUAUUUGACUACAUUUCAGUGUCUGCUAGUUUAAAGAAUAGGAUGUGUGAGUAUGUGGAUCACCUUCAUGAACAUUUUAAAAGCCCCACUAUCAUCAGAAAUGCCCACUACAUACCACCAAAGGACCCGGGAUACUCUUGUGAAAUGCUGGAAGAGUCUUUGCAAAAGCACCAGUAUCCUCAGGGUGAGGUUUGGAGAGCCAUUGAGCAGCAGGGGAAACAGUAAAAAUGAACACAUACUGUAUGUGCUACUGACUGUGAUGGAAAUUACAACAUUACUACUUCCAUAACUAAACGUGAAGUCCUGUCAGAUUGUCUUGAUUGGCAGUGCAAAGGAAUGUGAAGGAUAAAUGGCUAAUGAGCAACUGAAUAUGGAAAUUUGUAUGAUUCCUUUUAAAAUUCUGAUCAAUUCAUAUUUUAAUGAUCGUAAAAGAUAUGUGCUGUGCAGCCAAAGAGGGAAAUGGAACAAAUGAAUGCUGAAACUACUGCUGUCUUGAUUUACAAAUCCAGACUUGGGAAGUAACUAACAAUGGGGAAUUUUAUUUGCUUAUUAGUUUGUUUUUGUUUUUUUUAAUGCUUACAGUUCAUCAAUUGUGCAUACGUACUGUAUAUGCAGUGUAUGUUUGCAUAUACAUGUAUGUGUGAGUGCUAUGACAUACUUCUGUCCACUCCUCUGCUCACUUAACAAGAAAAUGACACUAGUUAGUAGUAGUGUUUUACAUUUGUCAUAUUUUGGCAUGUAUAUGGCUAAUCAACUGAUGUUUUAGUAUAGAGUUAUGCAAAAACACCAUGUUUUCUAAGGGUUAAAAUUGUUUUGAAAGAAGUGUUUGCCAUAGUUUAUGAGCCAUAGUUUCAGAAAGCAUGUAUAAGCAAAAAAACAAAAACAAAUUAGGUUUCUUAAAUAUUUUUGUAUUUUUUUAAGGUGCUCUUCUUUUUCUAAAGGUACUACGGUUAAUAAACAUUAAGGAAAAGAGAAAA